AUGAACGAAAGAAGCUCCCCUCCGCUCGAUGUCUCCACCAGCAGAGCCAUGAUCAAUCCCGACAUUGCGCGCGAAAUUUUCAUGGCUGCCAAGAAGCAGAUGGAAACAGGGUCUGUCUGGAAGCCGACAUCUUUGAGUGUUGAGCUCGGGAUAAAGUACGGGGUAACCGCCAAAGCAAUUCGAGACAUCUGGAACAAGAGAACAUGGGCGCAUGCGACGCUGGAGUUAUGGUCAGACGAGGAGCGAUCCAGGUACAAGAAGAUGCGAACAGGCAAUCACACACCAACCAGAGAAUGCCUCUAUACACAAGAUGGACAAGAAGCAGCAGCAGCGCACGAUAGUGAGGGGAGGGUCCUUCACGAUCAACAUGCAACGCAAGGUUCAUCUAGUAGCAUCGAAGACGUUUCGAUCACAGGCAACUGCGACGCAUUUCAAAUUGUUGAUGUUAGUCGAGAUAGCGACGGGUUCUCAAAAGACGGAUGGAUGACUUGUCCGGAGAGGAUAGCCUUGUUUCUGCAGAACAUACCUGAAGUGCAAUUUGAUGCAGAGAUCCGAGAUCCAAGAAGACUAUUUUGA